AUGACCGACGCGGAACCCACACUCGCCGCCACUUUGGCAACCGAUGCUCCUGCCAGCAAACAAACCGUUGAUCCCUAUAAUGUCGCUGGAGAAAUUGGCGCAGACGGAAUCGCGAAGGCUAUCAAUUACUUGACUUUGAUCGAUGAAUUUGGUACCAAGAAGAUUGAGGAGGCAGAUUUAAAAAGAUUUGAAGAAGUGACCGGUCAUAAACCCCAUCGAUUCAUGAGGAGGGGUAUUGUGUUUAGUCAUCGCGAUUUAAACCUUAUGCUAGAUCGUCAUGAGAAGGGAGAGCCAUUUUUCUUGUAUACGGGACGGGGUCCAAGUAGUGAUAGUAUGCAUAUUGGACAUACUGUUCCUUUUGAGUUUACCAAAUGGUUACAAGAUGUCUUCGAUGUCCCAUUGAUCAUCAUGCUUACGGAUGAUGAGAAGUAUAUCUUUUCAGAAAAACGUACAAUUGAGGAAGUUCAAAGCUACACCAAUAGUAAUGCGAAAGAUAUCAUUGCCGUCGGAUUCGACCCUAAAAAGACAUUUAUGUUUAGCGAUUAUGAUUACAUGGGAGGAGCAUUCUACAAAAACGUUACUCGAAUCUCCAAGCACGUUACAUUGAAUGUUGCACGAGCUGUUUUUGGUUUCAAUGAAAGUUCAUGCAUAGGCAAAAUCCAUUUCGGAGCUGUCCAAGGUGCAACGUCGUUCGCCAACUCCUUCCCUCAUAUCUUCGGCACAGACGAAUCUAAAACCACUCAAAUUCCCUCCCUAAUUCCAUGUGCAAUUGAUCAAGAUCCAUAUUUCCGUAUGACACGCGACGUAGCCGCACGUCUUCAUUUCGCCAAACCAGCUCUCAUACACGCUCGUUUCCUCGACGCUCUUCAAGGCCCUGGUUCUAAAAUGAGCGCAUCAGUUGAUACAUCUGCAAUCUUCAUGUACGAUGAACCAAACAAGAUUAAAAAUAAAAUCAACAAAUAUGCAUUUAGUGGUGGGCAAGUUACCGAGCAAGAACAAAGAGAAAAAGGAGGUGACACGGAAAAGGAUGUCGCAUAUCAAUAUUUAACAUUUUUCUUAGAAGACGACGAGGAAUUAGAAAGUAUUAAGAAGGCAUAUAGAUCGGGAGAAUUGCUGACGGGAGAAUUAAAAGCAAGAUGUAUUAAAGAAUUACAAAUAUAUGUAAAGGAAUUUCAAGAGAGAAGAGCAAAGGUUACAGAUGAGAUUGUAGCGGAUUUUUUUGCAAAGAAAGAUUUAAUUUGGGGUGGAAACCCAAAUGCUAGGAAUGUUACUCCUGCUGCUGGAACAACUGGAGAAGGAAGUGCAGAGGGAAGUGGAGAGGGUACGGGGAAGUUGACGAAGAAUCAAGAGAAGAAAUUGGCUAAGUUGAAGGCAAUUGAGGAGAAAAAAAAGGCGGCUGCUGCUGAGGCGGCUGCUAAAGCUGCUGGUGGUGCAUAG